ACAUGCUGAAUAAUGAAUUAUUUAACUUAAAUUGCAAAAUUCCGCAAACCAUUUGCUUUUCAUACGUUAGCGCUCCGAUUUGAUCUACAUUUAAUUAAAACAUCACCGACUUAACAAAAUUAGAUCUAAAAGUGUUACAAUUAGCACUAAUUAAAAACAACCUUGCUCCAGCACGCAUGCGCAGAUGUCCCUAGACCGUCUUGGUUACCAAUCGACGUCCAUCCAGUUCGUUUCGUACUUCUUUUGUUUUGACUUGUGUUGACAGUCAAUGACGUUCGUCAUAACCUUAACAACGAAUUUUUUCAUUCAAACUUUUAACCAUGUGAGUGAAUCAUGUAGUUCUUGAAAGAAUUUUUCACACUUUGUCGUCAUUACCAUCAUAAAGAUUUCGUCUGUUUGCAUUUUAUUUAGUUACCGACUUGCUAUGAACAGGUGACAGUAAUUUUUGAAACAUUUGAAAAUCGACGACAGUAAGUUGCCGCAAUGACUGUUACCUACACGGCAGAGGUGGCGACUUGCCGGGGGCUGGGGUGUUUUUUAAAAUUGUUGAAAAGAUGGAAAGGAAGUAUUUACAAAUUGGUCUGGAUUGACCUCCUCGUUUUUCUUCUCAUUUAUUACAGCUUGAACUUCACCUACCGCUUCGCUUUAGACGACACGGGUAAAGAAUUGUUCGAAAGCGUGGUCCAAUACUGCAAACUCUACAGUACUUUGAUUCCUUUAUCGUUCGUUUUGGGUUUCUAUGUAUCUGUGGUGAUGACCCGAUGGUGGAAUCAAUACACUGCGAUCCCGUUUCCUGACCCUUUGGCGGUUUACGUAAGCGCUACGGUGCACGGUCAGGACGAAAGAGGAAGGGUCAUGAGGCGUACGAUUAUGCGUUAUGUGUGCCUCUGUGUCACUAUGAUGUUUGCUAUGAUUUCGCCCCGAGUCAAGAAGAGGUUCCCGACUUUGGACCACUUCAUCGAAGCGGGGUUGAUGCACCAGAGCGAGAAGGACAUCAUUGCCGACUUGAAUAAAAAGUUCCCGAAUCACUCCAAGCACUGGUUACCGAUUGUUUGGGCCGCCAGUAUAAUCACCAGAGCGCGAAAAGAAGGCCGAAUUCGGGACGAUUUUGCCGUGAAGACGAUGUUAGACGAAUUGAACAAAUUCAGAGGACAGUGUGGCCUUCUACUAAGCUACGAUAUGAUCAGUGUGCCCCUAGUAUACACCCAAGUGGUCACCCUGGCCGUCUACAGCUACUUUCUCACCACCCUCAUGGGCCAACAAUGGGUGGAAGGCAGCGAUUACAAAUUCGACCUCUACUUCCCCGUCUUCACCACCCUCCAGUUUUUCUUCUACGUCGGCUGGCUCAAAGUCGCCGAGUCCCUCAUUAACCCCUUCGGCGACGACGACGACGACUUCGAGAUCAACUGGAUGGUGGACCGCAACCUCAACGUGUCCUACUUGAUCGUGGACGAGAUGCACCACGACCACCCAGAGCUCGUCAGAGACCAGUACUGGGACGAGGUGCUGCCGCAGCAGCUCCCCACCACGGGGAUAACCACCCGCGAGAACCAGCCGCUCCCGUCCACGGCUAACAUCCAGGUCCACCCCAAGGUGGAGUCCGACCUCAUCGGGCCGUCGUCGCUGAGCAAAGCCGAGGAGCUUAAUUUGAUGAACGAUAUGCAGAGUGGACCGAUUAUGUUCUCGGCGAAGCCAGGGCGAGGGAGCUCGCAGACCUCUAUGGGGAACUCGGUGCCGGAUUCGCGGCCUAUGUCGAGGACGGGGUCGGUGGCGAGUAUGUUCAAGAGGUUACUGAGUAGGGAGGAGAAGCCGAAGGCGGAGGAUAGUCAGGAGUUGACGCAAGUAAAUGUGAAGAAUCCGGGUAGUGCGAAGAAGCUGACGACGGAGGUGAUCGAGGAGGUGGACGAGCAGACGACGAUCACGUCGCAGAGGUCGGCGAAGGAGUCGAGGCCGACGGUGCUGGGGCUGUUCGGGGCGCCGCCACCGUCGGAGCCUAUUAGUGUGCCUAAUUCUAGCGGUAAUAGUCAUAGUUUCAGUAGGAGUGUUUACGACCCGUUUCCACUAUCAACCUCUGCCCCGGUGACCCAAGACGACUUCAAAGACACCACGGACAAAGUGAGCAUCGGCAGCUCCGCCUCCGAGAAAGACGAAUUCGAAGAACUGAAAAAGAAACGCGACGAAGAGAGAAUCAGCAGGCUCAAACUGAACCUGCUGAGGUCCACCAGCAUGGUGGACGGCGGCACCGAAUGCGACCUCCUCCUCGACUCCAACGACGCCAACGAACCCCCGUCCACACCCCGUUCACCCGCUUCGGUAGUUUAACCAGUAUUAAAUUAAUCGCAGUGUUCGAAUAGUCAAUUUUCAAAGUGCCGCCUCGAUGCUGGUAGCGGAUUGGACUCCCAGUUGGCCUAUUUUGGCGCCAAAGCGCGUGAUUGGUUAAGUCGGUUGGUCAUCGAUUCAAAUGUGAUACUGAGAGAUUUUAUAUUUUGAUAUUUAUUGAAGGUGUCGACACGUGUGGGCAGGCACUGUUUGCGCUUUGGGUAUUAUGUACAUAUUUAUAUAAGAAAGAAUUUCUUGACUCACUUUUUUACGCAAUAAAUUAUUAUUAUUGA